AUGGCUUCCGUAAAGUCAUUUAAAAGGAAAUAUCUGAAAUUGAGAAAAUCUUUUGAUGUUGUCCUUCAGGAAACCGAUGAAAUUGAACAGAAAAUAGCAGACAUCUCACAAGUUUACCGUCGAAUUUUGAUGGAAAAUACGCAUUUAACCGAUUUACUUUUGGACAUGAACAAGACAACAUUGUCUACACCUCCAGCUAGUUCUCCCGGAUCCCCGAAUUGGCAAGCAAAUGCUGUGCCUCGUAUUGAUUUUUUAGAAGAUACGUCCGUUGCUUAUAGUUUAGAAAAGCCAAUCGCCAGUACCCAUAAGUGGCUAUCUGGCUUAACAGCCCACUCCAAGUCCAACAAUUCACUCUUGUCAGUUGGGAGCUCAAAUACCUUCUCUAAACCAACCCCAAGCUUGCCGGCUCAGUCAUCCCCUGCACCAGCCUCUACACCCAUCAAUCCUAGCUCUUUAUGGAAGCAAAAGCGGAAAAGAACAGCAGACUCACCGUCGGAGCGUCGUUCUAGAAAGAGAUCAUCUUAA